AUGGAGAAUUUAACAACCAAAGAGCGCCAACUUUUCCACUCGCUCGAAGGUUUUAUGUGCAUGUCUAGAAAUUCAUCCGCCACAGACGUAUAUCUAGAGAGAUUUCUUGCCGUGUUUAACUUUCUCUUUUCUAUCAUUGCAUCACUUGGAAAUCUCUUGAUUCUCGUUGCACUUCCAAAGACCUGUUCUCUUCACUCGCCGUCGAAGAUCUUGUAUCGCUGCUUGGCAACUACCGACUUUUGUGUUGGAGUCGUGGCACAACCAGCAUUCGCCGUGCAAUUGCUGUACAACAACGGAGAGCGACAAGAAUUGUGUUACAUGUCCCUCCGAUUGUGUUUCUGUGCUGGGGUAAUUCUUUGCGGCGUUUCCAUGACAACACUAGCAGCUCUAAGCGUGGACAGACUCCUCGCAUUGCUGCUGACGUUGAGAUACAGACAGAUUGUAACCACGGCGCGUGUAAGAGCAGUUCUCGGUAGCUUUUGGAUCACGAGCGCAUUCGUGAGCACCACGUAUUUUUGGAAUGACAACGUUACCACGAUCAUAGGUUGCACUGCACCUUUCAUUUGUUUAUCAAUCUCGGCACUGUCUUACGCGAAGAUGUGUCAAUCUCUCAGACGACGUCACGUCCAAAUAGCCUGCAAAGAUAAGAAUAUCCCUAUAAAUAUAGCACGUUACAAGAAGACAGUGUCUACAGCGAUAUACAUUCAGCUGUUCUUUGUAGUUUGUUACCUUCCGUACGGUAUCGUUACAACUGUGUUGGCUGUGAGUGGAUUAAAACCAUCUUUGGUUCUACCUUGGGCAUCGAGUUAUUGCCUUCUCUUGAUCAAUUCGUCCAUAAAUCCGUUUCUUUACAUCUGGAGGAUCAGGGAUGUACGACAAGCAGUGAAGAACACAAUCAGAUGGAAUAACUAA